AUGAGUAUCCAAAUUUUUGAAGAAUACUUUGCAUUAUUCGGGGUGCCGCGGCAGUUAAUUAUAGAUCGCGGUACCAGCUUAACUAGUAAUGAAUUUAACCAAUUUGUAGUGGGGAAAGGUAUGAAACACAUAUUGAAUACGGUCGCUACACCUCUAGCAAACGGCCAGAUUGAACGAUAUAAUAAAACUCUCGUAGAGUCGCUCGCUUCUGCUAAUCAUGGACAUUCUGAAAAUGAAUGGGAUACCGUAUUGUUUAAAGUGCAAUGGUCAUUAAACAACACAAUUAACAAAGGCUUUGGAAAAACUCCUGCUGAGACUUUAUUUGGGGUAGUUACUACGGGAAGUUGCGAUGACGUUAUAAACAAUGUAGUCGCUGAAUCUCAGCAACUUAAAAACAGAGAUGAAAUUCGCAACGAGGUUGAACAACGAAUUUCUUCUGAACAACUGAAACAAAAGGACAGAUAUGAUAAAACGAGAAAAGAAGCUACGCAAUAUAAAAUAUUGCGUAUCUUGUUCGUAUAG